CAGUGAAUGCAGCAGAAUAUAUCAGCAGUUCGUGUUUGUGUCGGUGUUUUCUGUUUGUGUGGCGGAGAACAGGAAAGUUCGUAGUUUGCAGUCAGACGCAAGAAAACUAACAAGUAAGCACGUAUGUUUGUCACGACUUGUCUGAAUAUGUAUUAUGAAGAAACCACAUCAAAAGGCCCAAUCAACAUCUGGGUGCACUUUCUCAGAUUUCUCUUUAUAUGCAGCCAGUUCCACCUCAUUUCUGGAUACUCUAACCGUGACAGGGCACUACAGUUGAUGUCUCACUAUCCUCUCAUUGAUGGUCAUAAUGACCUAGCUCUCCAGCUGAGAAUCCACCACAGCAAUAACCUGAGCCAAAUUGAUCUUAAUCAUAUCGACAAAGUGGCCACUGACAUCUCCCGCCUCCGUGCUGGCCAUGUACAGACACAGGUGUUUGCAGCCUAUGUCGUGUGUGGGGCCCAGCAGAAGGAUGCUGUGAGGCUGACUCUGGAACAGCUGGAUGUGAUCCGACGCAUGUGCACCGAGUACCAGGACUUUGAGCUGGUCACUUCAGUUCAAGAGAUUAUUGAAUCACAGGAGAGGGAUAAAAUAGCCUGUUUGAUAAGCAUUGAAGGAGGCCACUCGAUUGACAGCAGUCUUCCAGCACUGAGGAUGUUUUACCAGCUCGGAGUCCGCUCCAUGUCCCUCACACAUUCCUGCAAUACUCCCUGGGCUGAAUCAUCUUCACAUCUUUAUAAUGCCUUUCUAAACCGGGAAAGCAGCCUGACRCAUUUUGGAAAGGCUGUGGUGAAUGAGAUGAACAGACUGGGGAUGAUCGUGGACCUCUCCCACACAUCUUGGGGCACAGCUUUGGCUGUGCUGAACUAUUCCAAAGCUCCCGUCAUUUUUAGUCAUUCCUCCUCCUUCUCUAUUUGUAACCACAGCCGCAAUGUACCUGAUUACCUUCUGCGUGAGCUGAAAAAGAACCAAGGCCUGAUCAUGGUGAAUUUUUACAGCCCCUUUGUUGCCUGCAGUGAUAAAGGGAAUGUCUCCCAUGUGGCUGACCAUUUUGAUCACAUUAGGAGUGUUAUUGGAGCUGAGUCAAUUGGAAUCGGAGGAGACUUUGAUGGCGGUGAGAGCUUCCCUCAAGGGUUAGAAGAUGUGUCAAAAUACCCUGCCAUAAUCCAAGAACUCCUGAGAAGAAACUGGACAGAGAAUGAGCUGUCAGGGGUCCUUCGAAGGAAUUUCCUCCGGGUGUUUGAAGAAGUUGAAAAGGUSCGAGAUCAGCUAAUCACACAGAAGCCCAGUGAGGUCCACAUCCCCUUAGAACAGGUGAAGAAUCCCUGCAGAUUGGAACUCAGGCGUCCGAAGUUCUCAUCAAAUGCAGAACGAAGGUCACUGAACCUGCUUUUCCUGACCUCUGUUCUGCUGCUUUCCAUUGCUUUUUAAACUGACUGAAUAAUAUCCCUUUAGAUCUCUUUGAGCAUUUUUCUUAAUACUUGUAUUAUGAAGGAGAGCUUGACUUUGCUUUUUAAAGUGUUUUUCUUUUUCCUUUUAUUUUCUUUUAUUUAUUUU